AUGUCGACAACAAAGUGCCUAGUCACCGGCGGAAACGGAUUCCUCGGCCGAUGGAUUGUUGAAGACCUGAUCAAGCGCACCGACUACCACAUCACCAUCCUCGACAUCUUCAUCCCCACCAACGCCGCACCCACCGACAGAAUCACCUACAUCGCUGGAGAUAUCACCGAUGCCCCCGCCGUCCGUAACGCUUUGAAGGGCCACCACAUCUGCAUGCACGUCGCCUCCCCACCUCACCACUUCCCCGCCGAAAAGUUCAAAAAGAUCAACAUCGAGGGUACCCAGAAUGUCAUUGAUGGCUGUCUCCAGGAAGGCGUCCGUCGUUUGAUUUAUACCUCCUCAGCGAGUGUCCUUCAGGAUGGAGGGCCCCUGGAGAAUGCUGAUGAGACACUCCCUUACCCCAAGACGUUUAUUGAGACGUAUUCCGAGACCAAGGCAAUUGCGGAGACGAUGAUCUUGAAGGCCAACAAUAACUCGACCUUGUUGACUUGUUCCUUGAGGCCUAGUGGAAUUUUCGGACCUGGCGAUACUCAGGCGACGCCUGGGUUCAUGGAGGUCUUGAAGAAGGGUCAACAUCGGUUGCAGAUUGGAGAUAAUUCGGGAUUGUUUGAUUGGACUUAUGUCGAGAAUGUUGCUUAUUCGCAUGUCCUUGCUGCUGAGAAGCUCGUUGCCGGCUCUGGCGUCCCCGGUCAGGCCUUCUUUAUCACGAAUGGAGCACCCGUGCCAUUCUGGAACCACCCAAGAGCUCUGUACGCUGAGAAGGGUGUCGUCGCCCCACGCAUCAUCAUCAUCAACUUCCAGAUCGCCCUCAUCAUCGGUUUCCUUUCCGAGAUGUUCUCGCUCCUCAAGAAGAUGAUGGGUAAAGAGGCCAAGGAAGGCUUCACCCGUGUCCGUGUUCGUUAUAUCUCUUACAACCGUUACUUUAACAUCAACAAGGCCAGGACACUCUUGGGUUACGAACCAGUAGUUGUUUACAAGGAGGGUGUCAAGAAGACAAUGGCCCAUUUCAUGGCACUGGAGGAGCUUGAGGCCAAGAAGAAGGCUUAA